UUUUUUUUUUUUAUAUUUCGUUUUAAAUUAACCCAGAAAUUUUCUUUCGUUUAUCAUGGCUAACUCAUGGCACGCUUAUUUUGACGAAACCGAUGUAGAAGAUUGGGAUGUUUUACAAUUUCAUAUAGAGUGGAUCCAAAGGAAUCCGGUAAAUCUAGCUUACGAUAAGUCUUCAGAUACACUCGCCAAAGGUCUCCGUGCGAUUGUCAAUAAAUGCUCAGACGAUAAAAAAGUUACGAAAGCAAAGAGCCUUUUGGCUGAUAUUAAAGAUCAACGGAAAAAAGGCAACGAUAUAGAUAAACUUUGGCUUACCAUUGAAAACAAGAUGUGUGCUCUUCAGGUAGAUAAAGAAAAGAUGAAUUUGGAAAUUCUUCAAAUUAAAGGGAUUGCUCAAGCUACAAGCCAAAGCCAAUCAUACGCGUCUACAUUGAAUGAUAGUGCUCUUUCAAGCUUGAAAUUAACUGCAACUAAAGUAAACCAAGAUCAAGAACUACCUGGGAGUAACAAGGAUGAAAUCCAAAAUUCAACUAUAGAUGGUUCCGAAAAUAAAUCGUUUUUAGUAUCCGAGGAUGAGUAUGCAUAUUUACAAGAAAUUUCAAACGAAGGUGUGAAAUUACCAACUAAUAAACGAGGAAAUGAAACCGAAGAAGACGUUUUUACACGUAAAAAGUCAAAAAAGACCGUGAAGAGUACUUAUAGCGUGGAGCAUCCGCGAUUAAGAAACAGCGAGAAGUCUUCCUUCGAGGUUCCCUCCGAUGAGGGUGCUAAAGAUCAUGAAGACGAUGAAGUAAUAAAAUUUGAUUUAGCUAAUAUUUCGGUAGAGCUAGAACGCGAACCAACAUGCAAAUGGAAAGUUGGCUGUAUAAACGUAACCGAUCGGUUUCGGCAGUACCAAAAAGAAGUGAUCAAGAGGGCGGAGAGGGAGGGCUUAAAAUAUGACAAUAUCUACGAACUUUUAGCGUUAUCAUCAAUUAUUGUACUUUGUUGGCCAUGCCCGUACCCCAUGUUUACGAAACGAGAGUGGAGGGAAAUAACAAACGCCAAUCCAUACGUUUUAAACGAACCUCCACUUUCGCCUGAGAUUUCAUUAUCUCUCUACAAUGCGACUCGUGGACAUUUAGUUAAUAAAAAUGUUUUUAUGGAUUGUGAAAGUUCGGAUUUGAGCAGAGCGGUCGCGUGCUCGUUUAAUGAUUUAUUUAAUUGUGUUCAGUGUGUUGCUCCAAUAAAACUAUCCGAGGACGAACAUACUUGUAUGUUCCUUCAUCCGAUAAGUCGACCAUUGUUUACGGGUCCCGAAAAAGAAUACGAGCUCAGAUUGAACCGCGCUGAUAAGGGCUCAAAAAAAAGGCCGGAUUUAUCCUGUACAGUAGACGGUGUAUCAAUUUUAAAUUCGGAGAUAAAACCACUAGGUCAUACACCAUUACAACAAAAGAAGGAUAGAAUAAAAGCACAAUUAAAGGCCCGAAAAUCGAUUAAUCUACAACUUCGUACUAAGAGAGGUCCAGGUGAAGCUGGGAUAUUUCUGAAUAUGGGGGAGUUAAUGGAGUCGUUCUUCAUGGACUUACAAUAUGACGGAUUAUAUCGUUCGUGGCCUUUUUUAACAACCAGACUUGUGACCGACAAGACCACAAUCCCACUAGCUGAAUCGGCAAUAGGUCAUUUAGCUGCUUUGGAGGAACGGGUUGGGAAAAUUUCGGAGGAUUACAAGUAUCGAAAACAUCCAAGUGGUGAAUCUACACCACCUACACAAGUAUCUUUUAUGCGUAAGCUUCCGGAAUCUCCACAAGUGAAGAAAUUAAUUCAUUAGGAUCAGUUCAGCUAUUUUCAUCCCAUUAUUUACUUAUAUUAAUGUAAAUUCACUGUAAAAUUCACUGUAAAAUUUUUUAUAAUAUCUAAAUAUACAGUAUAUAAAGUAAGUUUAAUACACAAUAAUAAAAUGACGCAUCUUUACCUUUU